AUGCCGCAGCAUACCCGUACCGACGAUAGAUCCGGCGACAGUCGCCAGCCACCGUCGUCGCGGUCGUCGUGCUGCGGCGUCGCAUCGUCGCGUCGCCGUCAUGCAAUCGUGUUGUCGCUUCUCAUCGUCGCGAGCUGCUUCAGAACGGCUUCAGGCUACGCCUGUAGCGCUGUGCCCAGCUUUGCGCUGCUACAGCCGAGGCAUCUCAACCGCGUGUCGAGAUAUGCGAGCAUGGGGUAUGAUGGCGGGUGUGACUGCUGGAGUGUCAGCCUCAACGUGGACUGGCGCGACCUGCAGGGCGUGCAAGGCGUGCGCAGCGAGGGCGCGUGCAAGGCGUCAUGGGCGAUCACAGCAGUGAACGCGGUGGAACUGACGAUGGCCAUGAUUGCGAGCCAGCUAGAGUCGUACGACUGUGCGUUCAACAUCUCAGUGCAACAGGUUGUUGACUGCGAGCCGAGCAGCAGCAGCUGCAAGGGCGGAUGGCCCGCGUCAGCAUUAGACUACAUGGUGGAUGCCAGUAACGACCUGGGAGGGGUGGUGCCGGAGCAGCAGUACCCUUACAAAGGGAAACAAGCCAAGUGCAAUGCGGGGAAGAUCGCCACCGCAUCAAUACCCCUGGGACUCGCCCGCUACGAGCAGGUGGACUACUACGGCUGGAUCGGGCUCAUGCUGGCCGUGCAGGUGCAACCGGUCAUUGCCUUCGUGCGCGGCAGCUACCCGUCCUUCCAGAAAUACAAAUCGGGUGUCUACGAUGACCCCGGGUGUGCAGCAGCAGGCAUAGUGGAUCACGCAGUGCUGGUGGUGGGGUAUGAGUUCACGGGGUCGGAUGGGCAGGGCAAUUGGAUCGUGCGCAACUCGUGGGGCACCAAGUGGGGCGAGCAGGGCCACAUGAGGAUGGCUUUUGCGGGGAGCAUUGGGAUUUGCGGAAUCCAUUCCGUGCCAGCUAUCUACCCCAUUAUUCAGGUGCCGUCCCCCUGUGACUCGCCUCAGAAGCCCUGUGGGGGCGGCAUGUGUGUGCCUGAGGUUGGUGGCUACUCUUGUCAGUGUCCGGCGGGCUUUGUCAGUUACACCAACGACGACGGCACCGCGACUUGCGCCCCUUUGGACGCGUGUGGUACACAGGCGUCCAACCCCUGCCUCACAGGCACAUGCAUCAACGACAAUGCGGGCGGCUACUUCUGUCUUUGUCCGCCGGGAUAUGCGAAGGGCAGCCUCACGCUCGGAUGGGAGACCUGCACACCCUCCACCGACCCGCCCACCACGCUCACCUUCCCCGUGGACGUGGACUGCCCGCGCGUCUUCCAGCUCUACGGCCUCUCAGAGGAGGCGUUCCUCGCGCAGAACCCCGACCUGACCUCCCCAUGCACCACCAUCCCUGCCAACACCGAGAUCAACGUGGCUCCAACCUCCACCUGCAUCAACUGCAGCCUCUUCUACUCCUGGACGCAUGACGACACCUGCUCGGCUGUAGCGGGCCUUUUUGGGAUUGACGAGACCGAGUUGACUCGCUUGAAUCCCGGCCUCGACUGCUCGGGCACCGAAUCCUGCCAAGCGCCCUCUCCUGGCCAGCAGGUCUGUGUGCGCGAGGGGGAGGGCAUGGCCUACCCCAUGUGCAUGUGGUGGGAGGGCGUGAAGCCAGGGGACACGUGCACCACCCUCAUGGCGCGGUACAACCUGCCAGCCCUUGUCUUCUUCUGGCUCAACCCAGGCCUCGCCUGUGACAAUCUCUUCCCCAACGGCAUGGACAUCACCGGCGUGCAGGUGACACCUGGGGGAGGUGACAUUGGGGGGAGGUGGCUACUGGGAUGGGGAAUGGAUGGAUUAUGGAGCUCGGGGAAAAUGCCCUCGCUUUCUUCUGGCUCAACCCAGGCCUCGCCUGUCACAAUGUCUUUUCCAACGGCAUGGACAUCACCGGCGUGCAGGUAUUAUUGGGAGGAGGUGAUAUUGGGGGCAGGUGCCGUCUCUUUCUUCUGGCUCAACCCUGGCCUCGCCUGUGACAACCUCUUCCCCAACGGCAUGGACAUCACCGGUGUUCAGGUGACACCUGGGGAAGGUGCUUUCUGGGCAAGCAGUCACCCUGCAGGCAAACCGCCCUUCAAGCUUCCACCAUGGCAGCAACCUGCGUGGCAGCAGCGGCGGGCGAGGCUAGUUAAAGCAGGGGUGUUAAGAGUCGGGCGGACGCCGGUGUCGAAGCGGCGGUGCCUGGCGUUCUACUCGGUGACGCGGGGGGACUUCUGUGCGCGCAUCAUAUCUCUCAAGUUCCAGAACAGCGCGCGGAAGAUGUCGGAGCUGAACAACGGUGCGCUGGCGCCUAACGCGCUGGCGCCAUGCGCGCUGGCGCCUAACGCGCUGGCGCCAUGCGCGCUGGCGCCAUGCGCGCUGGCGCCUAACGCGCUGGCGCCAUGCGCGCUGGCGCCUAACGCGCUGGCGCCAUGCGCGCUGGCGCCAUGCGCGCUGGCGCCAUGCGCGCUGGCGCCAUGCGCGCUGACGCCAUGCGCGCUGGCGCCAUGCGCGCUGGCGCCAUUCGCGCUGGCGCCAUGUGCGCUGGCGCCAUACGCGCUGGCGCCUAGCGCGCUGGCGCCUAACGCGCUGGCGCCAUGCGCGCUGGCGCCAUGUGUGAACUUGGUGCCAAAACUUCUCCACUACCACUUCUGCUCUCUUUCCUUUCUGCUGCAGAUGAUGCCUUCUGUGCAUGCUGAUGUGGUAUAUUUUAUUCUUGAUGCCUUGGAUUCGAGUUUUAAGCCACACGUGUGA